AUGACCCAGCUCAUCGCCGCGCUGCACGACGCGGGCGGCGCCGAAGGGCUCUCCCCGGUCGACGCGCUCGAGCGCGAGCGCGUCGGUGACCCGAUCCCCGUAUCGCACGUCGACCUGCUCGCCCCGAUACCCAACCCGCCGUCCGUCGUCUGCGUGGGCAAGAACUACCUGGAGCACGUGGGCGAGGUGGACACGCACAUGCCGGGGAUAUCAAAGACGGCGCCGCCCGAGCUCCCCAUAAUCUUCACCAAGGCUCCCACCGCGGUGACGGGACCGGGCGGGGGCAUCGUGUUUCCCCGACACGUCACCGACCAGGUGGACUACGAAGGGGAGCUCGGGGUGGUCAUCGGCAAGGGGGGCAAGGCCAUUGCCGCGGAGGACGCGUUUGAUCACGUGUUUGGCUACACCAUCGUCAACGACGUCACCGCCAGGGACGUUCAGAAGCGGCACCAGCAGUGGUACUUGGGCAAGUCGUUCGACGGGUUCGCGCCGUGCGGGCCGUGGAUCGUGCCGAAGCGGGCCCUCGUGGACGCCGAGGGCGGCAACGACCCUCAGCGGUUGCUCAUCGGGACCGUCGUCAACGGAGAGCGGCGGCAAGGGAGCGACACGAGCAAGAUGAUCUUCGACAUCAGGACGCUCAUCGAGACCGUGAGCAGGUGCAUGACGCUGCGGCCGGGGGAUAUCAUCGCCACGGGGACGCCCGCGGGUGUGGGCGCGGGGAUGGACCCGAAGGGGUGGCUGAAGGUGGGAGACGUGUGCGAAGUCACAGUGAGCGGCAUCGGAACAUUGUCAAACCCGGUUGUGGACUGGGAAUAG